AUGGGCGUCACCAAGACUAUGUACCAGGAAGGUAGCGGCGUCAACUCAAUCCAAGGCCAGCGCGUCAUCAUUAAGUACACCGGCUUUCUAAAGGACUCUCCUGAACCCGACAAUAAGGGCGAGAUUUUGGAAGCACUGUCGACCGUGGCGACUUUGUCAAAACUAUCGGCGUCAGCCAAGUCAUUCGGGGCUGGGAUAGGCUCUGCGGCUGGACAGCGGCCGUCACGGCCACAGGAGCCGGCCGAGGCGCCACAGCCGGCGGACGACCCCAACUUCUCGUCCAUCCUCGACAACCCACCCGAGCUGGUUCGGUCGGGGCGGCGACACGGACCGGGCAUUCUUAUUUUGGUGCUCAUCCCCGUGGCCGCCUUUGCCCUCGGCACCUGGCAGGUCUUCCGGCUGCGCUGGAAGACGGACAUGCUGGCCAAGUGCGAGGACCGGCUGGUGCGGCCGCCGUUGCCGCUGGGGCUUAACAACGUGGCCGAUGCGGCCGAGGUCAGCCUGACGGGCGACGCCAGCGACUUUGACUACCGGCGCAUCGUCGCGGUCGGCUCGUUUCGCCACGACCAGGAAAUGCUCGUGGGUCCGCGCGUGCGCGACGGCCAGGCCGGUUUCUUUGUCGUGACGCCGCUCGAGCUGGCCGUGCCGCUCGACGGCUCUGCUGAUGGUGCUCCACCGGCCACCAUCCUCGUCAACCGCGGCUGGAUCGCCCGGGGGCAGCGUCCGCAGGCUGCCCGCGAGCACACACCCGGUGCCCUGCCCGAGGGCCUCGUCCGUGUUGAGGGCCUCCUGCGCGCGCCCUGGAAGCGCAACGUGUUCACGCCCGACAACCGGCCUGACAAGGGCGAGUUCUACUUCCCCGACGUCGUCGAGAUGGCUCAGCUGACCGGCAGCCUGCCGGUCUGGGUCGAGGCAACGAUGGAACCCGACUUGCUUCAGAUCUAUGACAUGGAAGCCAAGGGCAUUCCCAUCGGAAAGCCGCCCGAGGUCAACAUCCGGAACAGUCAUGCUCAGUACAUCUUCACGUGGUACAGCUUGUCGGUCGCGACGUCCGUCAUGCUCUGGAUGGUUCUGAGGAAGCCGCCAUCGGACAUGGCCCGUCGUGUGCGCAUGAACAAAAGCUGGUAG